AUGCGAGCCAGCCCCAUCUGCAUCCCAACUGUUAGUAAUGACACCGACUGGGGCUUCUGCUUCCAUCUGUAAUCACAGCAAACCAAGAUUCCAGCACCCCAACAAACACAUGAGUUAUAUCCCACCGAUGGGUCUGGAGAGAGUGAAGAAGAUACCAAAGCCAGGGAGGAGGAGAAGGCCGUAGACUGUAUGUCUCUUCCCAAGGAGAAAUUAGCUCAAUCCCAGAAGAAAAUAGCUCAACUGAUUAAGGAAAAAAUGAAUACCCGAGCAAACAAGGAGCUGAUUCGAUGUGUCAUCCUUUCUCGGAUUAUUUUUGGGGAAAAACACUGGAAAUGUGCACAGGCUUUGGUCAACUUGGCUUAUGGCUACCUGACACUGAGAGGGCUUCCAGUUCAGGCCAAGAAACAUGCUGAGUCUGCCAAGAACACACUGUUGACCUGGAAGAGAAAUACAACCUCAGACAAGGAGAAGAAGGAAAUCCUGGAAGCUCUGGUCAUGCUGUACUAUACUCUGGGUGUAGCCUUGCUCCUGCAGAACCACGGCAGAGAGGCCUAUUUCAACUUGCAGAGGGCAGAGAGAAACAUGAAGGAACUGAAAGAAUUAUAUAAGGGAGGUGCUCGUGGAUUAAAAGUUUCAGAGAAAGACCUAACAAUUGCUUUGGGCAGAGCCUCCCUCGCCACCCACAGGUUGAACCUAUCUCUGGCAUACUUUGAAAAGGCAAUUGGCAACGUUAUUGCUGCCAAGGGUGAUAUGACGUCAGAUCUGAUCAGUCUAUACGAGGAAAUUGCUCAGAUCGAGCAGCUGAGGAGGAACCACAACCAGGCCAUUCAGUACUUGCAGCAGGCCUAUUCUAUCUGUGUUUCCUUGUUCACUGAAGUCAGCCCCAAAACUGCAGAGACAAGCGCGUUACUAGCCAAAGCUUAUGCCAUGUCUGGAGAGACCCAGCACAGGGAUGCUGUGGAGAUAUAUUUUAUAAAAAGUAUCAGUGUGUAUCAAGCAACAUUGGGCUCAGAGGAUUCUGAAACAUUGACCACUAUUGAAGAAUUUUGCAAAUGGCUUGUUCAAAAUGGGGAAAAACAGCAUGAACACAGGGAAGACCUUUGUCUGUCAUGA